AUGGCCGGCGACGAAGCUCCUCCCUCCACCGCCCCUCUCAAUCUUUUCCACCUUUCUCAUGCCAUCUCCAAUAUCAAAUCUCACAUCCCCGUCAUCCUAGAUCUGAAAAAUCCCAUCUAUCAAAAGUGGAGCCAUUUUUUCACAAUUACCGUCGGUCAUUUCUGCCUCUCCAAUCUUCUCCAUGGAAAACCCCAACCCGACUCAAUUUCUGCUGAUGAAUGGCAACACCCUGACUAUCUCCUCCAAUCUUGGAUCUGCGGCACCAUCUCCGAUGAUUUGUCCAGCAUGGUUCUCUCCAAAGCAUCCACUGCCAGUGAUCUCUGGACCGCCAUCUCCUCUUUCUUCACCGACAAUAAAGAUUAUCGGGCAAUUCAACUUGAAGAGAAAUUCAAAUCCCUCAAGAACGGCACUCUCUCCAUUCACGAUUAUUGCCAAAUAAUGAAAACCACGGCGGACAGCUUGGCUGAUGUCGGAAAUCCAAUCUCCGACGAACAAAUCGUCCUACAAACUCUACACGGGCUUCCGAAAAAUUACGGGACCGUCGCCAAUCUCAUCUCCUUUCAGAAUCCCCUUCCCACUUUUCUUCAUACUCGAUGGCUUCUUCAGAUGGAAGAAACUAGACUUGCUGAACCUGAACAGACCGCUCACUACGGCUACCAUAGUGCUCGAAACACAUCUCAACCCUGGCGCGCACCUUACCGACAGCAGUCGUUCCCGUCAAUUCUAGGACCCGCUCCAAAUACAUCAGGCCACCCAUCCACUCCAGCGGCUCAAGCCUACCUCACUGGACCACCAGAACCCUACACCUGCCACUCGGCCCCUGCUCAGGUUCAUUCCCAACAGCAGCCAUGGCACAGCUCUAACAAUUCCAUCAACUGUUGCAACAAUUCAUGUAACAGUGCCAACGUGGUGGAUCUAGCAAAUCAUUUGAAUACAGUGACACUUCAGCAGCCUACCGAGUCACAGUGGUUCAUGGACAGCGGGGCGACCUCUCAUAUGGCACCACACUCAGUUCUCAGUAUUUCUCUCUCACGAUCAUGGCCAAUCAUCCAACUUGAUGGGAAAAAUGUCUUCUUACGUGGCAAUCUCUCUGAAACUGUCUACUGCGAGCAACCUCCCGGAUUCGUCGAUCCAUCUCGCCCCACUCACACGUGUCGUCUCAACAAAGUUCUCUACGGUCUCAAGAAGGCACCCCGUGCUUGGUAUAAGCAUUUUGCCUCUAACAUUACCACCAUGGAGUUCAGAGAAUGCAUGCCCGACACUUCACUCUUUGUGUACUGUCGUAACAGUUCACUCGCCUGUCGCAACAGUUCACGCGAGUGUCGCAACAGUUCAUGCACCUACCUUCUACUGUAUGUCAAUGACAUUGUACUUACGGCCUCCACACCUGAAUUGCUCCGCUCUAUCAUUGCUGCCCUUAAUCAAGAGUUCGCAAUGAAGGAUCUUUGCGAUCUUCACUACUUUCUCGGCAUCUCAGUCACUCACUCGUCGAAUGGGUUGUUUCUCUCUCAACGCAAGUAUGUCGACGAGAUACUAGAGCGUGCACACAUGGCUUCAUGCAACCCUUGUCUUACGACGGCUAACACAAAGAGCAAAUUAUCUUCGACCACUGGACCCCCCGUUGCUGACACUACACUCGAUCGCAGCCUUGUCGAUGCACUGCAAUAUCUCACUUUUACUCGUCCCGACAUUUGCUAUGUCACUACUUCUCGAUCUAGUGCGGAGGCUGAAUAUCGAGCUGUCGCAAACGCCGUCACCGAAAAGACUUGGUUACACAACCUACUUUCUGAGUUGCUCUGCCCACUUUCGAAAGCCAUCAUUGUCUAUUGUGACAAUGUCAGUGCCGUCUACCUAUCCAGCAAUCCUAUUCAACACUCUCAUACGAAACAUGUGGAGAUUGAUAUCCACUUUGUCCGAGACAAAGUUGGUUUGGGACACGUUCGAGUUCUUCACGUCCCAUCCGCCUACCAGUUCUUCACGUUCGAGUUCUUCACAGAUGGAAAAACGGACUCAACGUCGUCCUUUCUUAAAGCUUGGAACGCAACAUGCAACUCGGUUGCACCAGCUGCUGUAAUGGUUGUCCCGAAAGGAACAUUCUUGGUGAAAUCAAUAUCUUUUACGGGUCCAUGCAAAAGCAAUAUGAAGCUCUUAAUAUAUGGAACUUUUAUUGCUCCAAAUGACUAUCGAUUUCUUGGCUCUAAUGAGUUUUGGAUUAUGUUCUAUCGAGUGGACGGGAUAUCGAUCUUUGGUGGUACGAUUGAUGCUAAAGGAUCUAGCUUGUGGUUUUGUAAGAGUAGAGGAAACAAUUGUCCGUCCGGAGCAAGGUUGAUAUCGUUCCAAUCGUGCAACAAUGUGCUACUUAGAGGAUUGAAAUCUUUCAACAGCCAAAGAGUUCAUAUUUCGAUCAACAGGUGUUGGAAUAUGUUUUUACAAAAAAUGAAAAUCGUUGCACCUAGUCGAAGCCCUAACACGGAUGGAAUCCACAUUGAAUCUUCGACGGGUAUUACGAUUAGCAACAGUAGAAAUGCAAGGGAGUAUGGAGUGCAAGAUGUGAACGUAAUGAAUUCAAUCUUCGUAAAGACUGAAAACGGAGUUAGGGUGAAAUCAUGGCCGAGGGCAAGUGACGGAUAUGCGAAGAAUAUUUUAUUCAAGAAUCUCGUCAUGAAAAACGUCUCGAAUCCCAUAAUCAUUGAUCAAGAAGACUAUUGCCUUCGUCAGAGUUGUUCUCCUAACAUGCAUUUACGACACCAGCGUCGAAUUUAA